AAUGGACAUAGAUAGACAUAUUGCUACAUUACUUGGCGGAGGAUGUUUACCAGAGAGAGACCUUAAACUGAUCUGUGAUAGAGCAAAAGAAAUCUUUCUUGAAGAAUCCAACGUAUAACCAGUACGUGCACCUGUGAAUGUAUGUGGAGAUAUACAUGGUAUUUAUUAUUUAAUAACAAUUAGGCUAAUUUUAUGAUUUAUAAGCUCUUAUGAAAGAAGGAGGAGAUAUCUCUUCUGCAAAUUACAUCUUUAUUGGAGAUUUUGUUGAUCGAGGAUAUAAUUCUGUUGAAACCAUGGAGUAUCUCUUAUGUUUGAAAGGUAAUUAUAAUAUUUUUAAUCUUAGUUAAAUAUCCUGGUAAGAUUAUGUUACUUCGUGGUAAUCAUGAAUCACGUUAAUGUACUUAAGUCUAUGGUUUCUAUGAAGAGUUGCUUCGUAAAUAUGGUAAUUGCAGUCCAUGGAGAUUAUUUAUGGAUGUAUUUGAUUGUCUUCCACUGGCAGCAUUGAUUGAAGGUUAAAUUCUUUGUGUUCAUGGUGGUUUAUCACCAGAUAUGAGGACAAUUGAUCAAAUAAGAACUAUUGAUAGAAAAGUAAAAAUUUAUUUAUUAUAAUUUCUCCCAUUAUAGAUUGAAAUCCCACAUGAAGGACCUUUUUGUGAUUUGAUGUGGUCUGAUCCAGAAGAAGUUGAAUAUUGGGCUGUUAAUUCAAGAGGAGCUGGAUAUCUAUUCGGAGCUAAAGUGACUAAAGAAUUUUGCAGACUUAAUGAUCUCACUCUUAUUUGUAGAGCCCAUCAAUUAGUUAUGGAAGGCUAUAAAUAUUGGUUCCCAGUAAUUCUUUAAUUCUAUUUUAGGAUUAAAAUUUAGUAACUGUCUGGUCUGCUCCUAAUUAUUGUUAUAGAUGUGGUAAUAUUGCUUCCAUUUUAUGUUUGGAUGAAAAUUUGACUUAAACUUGGAAGACAUUCAAAGAGGUUCCUGAAAGUGCUAAAAGCAUAAACCCAAAAAGUGUAUUACCUUACUUCUUAUGAAGU